UUUACAUAUGCUGGCCAGAGCUGGGCUACGGGUUUCAGUGAAAUAACCGGCUUGUACUUCGCAGAGAGGCAGUGUAGUUCGGUGUCCUAUUGACUUGUGGCGUCGAUAAUGAAUUAAACAGCGCAACUCUCGUACGCUUCUCAGCUUACACUUAUUCUUCACUCAUCACAUCACCGUUGAGCGCGUGGACUCUUUGCUCCGUGUAGUGGUCUUAUGAUACAGUAGCUGUCUUUAUAGCAGCAAAAUGUCAGUGGUAGGAUUCGAUGUCGGCUUUCAGAGCUGCUAUGUGGCCGUAGCGCGAGCCGGAGGGAUAGAGACGAUAGCGAACGAGUACAGCGACCGGUGUACCCCGGCAUGUAUCUCUUUCGGUCCCCGGAAUCGUUCUUUUGGUGCAGCUGCAAAAAGUCAGGUUGUCACAAACUACAAGAACACAGUCCAAGGGUUUAAGCGAUUCCAUGGCCGGGCAUAUUCUGAUCCCUUUGUCCAGUCCCUGAAAUCCAGCCUUGUGUAUGAUCUUGUCCAGAUGCCCACAGGGGCAACUGGCAUUAAGGUGAUGUACAUGGAAGAGGAGAGGGUUUUCAGUAUUGAGCAGAUUACUGCAAUGCUGCUGACCAAACUGAAGGAAACAGCUGAAAGUGCACUGAAGAAAAAUGUGGUUGACUGCGUCAUUUCUGUCCCUUGCUUCUAUACUGAUGCGGAGAGAAGGUCAGUUGUGGAUGCUGCACAAAUUACUGGCCUUAACUGCCUACGGCUGAUGAAUGAAACGACUGCAGUGGCACUGGCAUAUGGGAUUUAUAAGCAGGACCUUCCUGCCCCUGAGGAAAAGCCACGGACAGUGGUAUUUGUGGAUCUUGGUCACUCUGCAUACCAGGUCUCAGCUUGCGCCUUCAAUAAGGGGAAACUUAAGGUUCUUGCUACAGCAUUUGACCUAGAGCUGGGUGGAAAAGACUUUGAUGAGGUGCUUGUAAAUCACUUUUGUGAAGAGUUCAGUAAGAAGUACAAACUAGAUGUUAAGUCCAAGCCAAGAGCAUUGGUUCGGCUCUACCAGGAGUGUGAGAAACUCAAGAAACUAAUGAGCGCCAAUUCUUCUGACAUACCUCUGAACAUUGAGUGCUUUAUGAAUGAAUUAGAUGUGACUGGAAAGCUCAACAGAGGGGAGUUUGAGGAUAUGUGUGCAAGUAUUCUUGCCAGAGUGGAGGCUCCACUCCACAGUCUUAUGGAACAAACUAAGCUGAAGAAGGAGGAUAUUUAUGCUGUUGAAAUUGUCGGUGGCGCUUCCAGAAUUCCAGCUGUGAAGGAAAGAAUCAGCAAAUUUUUUGGGAAAGAGCUGAGCACUACAUUGAAUGCAGAUGAGGCCGUCGCACGAGGAUGUGCCUUGCAGUGUGCCAUCCUGUCUCCUGCUUUCAAAGUGCGGGAGUUCUCCAUCUCUGACGUGGUUCCUUAUCCCAUCUCUUUGAAAUGGAAUUCUGCUGCAGAGGAAGGUUUAAGUGAUUGUGAGGUGUUUCCAAAGAACCAUGCAGCUCCUUUUUCCAAAGUUCUGACUUUCUAUCGCAAGGAGCCCUUUGCAUUGGAGGCCUACUUCAGCUGUCCUAAAGAGCUACCUUAUCCAGAUCCAGCAAUAGGUCAGUUUUUGAUCCAGAAGGUUGUGCCCCAGGCCUCUGGGGAGAGUUCCAAGGUAAAAGUGAAGGUGCGUGUCAAUAUUCAUGGGAUCUUCAGUGUGUCCAGUGCUUCGCUUGUGGAGGUCCACAAGUCUGAGGAAGACGAGGAGCCAAUGGAAACUGAAUCAGCUGUGAAGGAUGAUGAGAACAAAAUGCAGGUUGACCAAGAUGAACAGAAAACCCAAGGUGAUGUACAGAAAGAAAACUCUGAUAAGAAGUCUGAGAUGGAAGAAAUGGAGACUUCAGCGGAUGAAAAUAAACAGGAGAAAAAGACUGAUCAGCCACCCCAGGCAAAGAAACCUAAAGUGAAAACAAAGACAGUGGACCUUCUCAUUGAAAACAAUCUUCAUUGGCAGCUGCCCAAUGACAUGGUUAAUCUAUAUGUUGAGAAUGAGGGUAAAAUGAUUAUGCAGGACAAACUAGAGAAAGAGAGGAAUGAUGCAAAGAACUGUGUGGAGGAGUAUGUGUAUGAAAUGAGAGACAAACUACAUGGUGUGCUGGAAAAGUUUGUUGCUGAAGCAGACCGAGACACUUUUUCACUGAAACUUGAAGACACAGAGAACUGGUUAUAUGAAGAUGGAGAAGACCAACCAAAACAAGUCUACAUUGAUAAACUGGCUGAACUGAAGAAAAUAGGCCAGCCCAUACAAGACAGGUGUGCAGAAUUUCAAGAGAGGCCAAAAGCAUUUGAGGCACUAGGGAAACAAAUCCAGCAAUACAUGAAGAUUGUGGAAUCCUACAAGACCAAGGAGGAACAGUAUGAGCAUUUAGAUGAUGCUGAGAUACAGAAAGUGGAUAAGUUGGUCAGUGAAGCCAUGAUAUGGAUGAACAGCAAAAUGAACCAGCAAAGCAAACAAGAUCUCACUUUGGAGCCAGUAGUAAAAGUUCAAGAGAUUCAGUCAAAAAUAAAGGAAUUAUUCUCUGCUUGCAACCCCAUCAUCACCAAGCCCAAGCCAAAGGUUGAGCUGCCCAAGGAUGACAAGGUGGAACAGAACGGACCAGUAAAUGGACAGGAAGGCACAGAGGCCCAACCUACAAAUGCUGAGAAAGGGUCAGCAGAGGGCACUAGCCAGCCUGCACCUGAAUCUGCGGAGAGCAAGCUGCCUGAGAUGGACAUUGACUAACUUCUGCUGUUCCUCUUCAACUCUGUUCCUCAGAUGUUAAAUAUAUAGCCACCACCAUCACCCAGGAUGUCAUGUAGGCGGUUGGAACCAUCCCAUGAAACAGUGCCAGAAUGGUGUUGCAGCUUUUGAGGUGAUAGCAUCAUUUGGUCUUAUGUAGUAAUCUCAACAUCUCCUUUAUUUGGCUUUCCUUUUUUCCACUGUUUGGCCAUGUCACAGCAAAAUGCACUGUAAUAUUAAAAGUUUUCUUUUGUAAAUCUGUGAGGUUUGGUAAUGUUUGACUAAAUAUUGACUGAAUGUUUUGCUUCAGUUUGUAAGCUUUAAGGUUUGUAUUAUAUCCCUCUUUGUGUUCUAGGGUUAUGUGUCAAACUAGACAAAACUGCAUUUUGUGUUUUUUUCAUUGUUCUUUUGAGUUUACAAGUAUAGUUCUGGGUUAUUCCUCAAGAUCCCCCCCCCCCCCCCC